GUCCAUCUUAAAACCACAUGCCUACCAUGGCUACUGACCUCUUCAUAUCCUAUUCGCUUUCCAACGAGCUUGUCCGGGCGGCGCGUGCGCUCAUCGCGGGCCUGCUUCCCAUUGCUGAUGGCCCCAAUUCUUUAUUAUCGUGUUUGACAGCUGACAAAGGUCAUGCUUCAAGUACCAAUCCUGAAGAAGGCCCCCCACAUGCCGUCCAUCGCGCCCCUCUCGCCUGGGUCCAUGCACCCCAUGCGACCGCCUCACCACCCGGCCUCAGCACAAGGCCUUCGUCACAGUCAUCCGUGGACAAAAGCAGCACCCCGCCCAUCUGCGCUACCUGCCAUCGACACUUCACCGCCGGGGAUUACCUCAGCUCCGAACCAGAGGAGCAGCAGCAGCC